AACGAGGAAGAAGCAGAUGCGGAAAUGGGCGUCGGUACGAAAUCAAAAAUAUAAAUGGCGGGGGACAGAGGCUGCAGUCUCACACUCUGGACUGUGAUAAGUUAACAUGUUUGAGAGCGCAGUAGAACGUUUUCAAGAAGCCAAAAGAUGGGUCCGUAAUACAGCAACACAAUGGACGUAGCCAGGCAAGUCUAACUCAAACGAGUUCAACACAGCUUGCUUUGUUUAGUCAAACGUGGCUUACGCAGUCACUAAGCGACCUUUCUGUAUUUAAAUACAAAUAUGCAUACUUAAAAGCUAAUAUCAUAUUGUAAGACGCAUUAAUAAUAUAAGAUGUUAACAUCGAAUGAGUAAAUGGAAUGGUCGACUUGCUACGUUGCUGGCUGCGUAACAUCCCGGGACGACUGAGGCGAUGUCUAAUGGCAAGAUCAUCCCAAACACGCCGCUGGCUGUUGACUUCUGGAAAGUUCGCAAGUGUCCAGGGACGCGACUCUUCUUCCUGUCUCAUAUGCACAGCGACCACACGGUAGGCCUCACGUCCACUUGGGCAGACCGACCCAUCUACUGCUCACCUGUCACUGCCUCUCUGCUCAGAGUUAAACUGGGGGUGAAGGAGCAGUGGAUCCACCCACUAGAACUGGAUGACUCCUACCUACUGUCUCUGGAUGACAUUGGCAAAGAGAAGAUGACAGUUACUCUAAUUGAUGCCAACCACUGUCCAGGGGCUGUCAUGUUCCUCUUUGAGGGUUACUUCGGUUCUAUACUGUACACUGGUGACUUCAGGUAUUCCCCAUCAAUGCUGCGUGAUCUUUGCCUUAUUACAAGCGCCACAAUCAAUGUUCUGUACUUGGACAACACCAACUGUGACCCCAACCGCGUGAUCCCCACGAGAAAGCAAGCCACUCAGCAAAUUAAGGAGAUCAUCCGCAGCCACCCUGACCAUAAUGUAGUCUUGGGCCUAUAUGCGCUGGGCAAAGAGUCCCUGCUAGUGGAUUUGGCCAUGGAAUUUCAAACUUGGAUUGAGGUUAGCUAUGAGAGGAUGAAGACCCUCAAAUUGCUCGAGCUCCCUGACGUUUUCACCACUGACCCGGGUGCUGGACGUAUCCGAGUCGUGGAGCAGAGAGAGAUUUCCUUUUCUGCCUUGUGCCAGUGGAACAAGGAAGACCCCACCCUGGCUAUCUAUCCCACCAGCAGGCCCCUGGUCUCCUUUCAUCCCAAAGUCCAUGUGGUGCCCUACUCCGAUCACUCAUCUCAUCAAGAGCUGAUAGACUUUGUCUCCGGACUCAAACCUUUGUCUCUUGUGCCUAUUAUAGGAAAUGGCAUUCCAGGAAGCCUCUCUGCCUUACUCCCUGGCAAAAGGCAUGAGAUAUUGGUGCCUGAGUCAGUACGACAAUACAUGGGGAGGGUGACUGAAAACAAUAUGAAAUCAUCAGCAUCUUCAAAAUGUCGUCAGCAACGUGUCCGACCGCUUGCCCCAAAAGGCGUAGUGUUUGAAUCUCCUGUAAGUUUAGCCAAGUCGGGCUCGAAAGCGGGGUGUCUGGAUCAAGAUUCUUCCUCUGAGGAAGAGGAGGAGAUGGACAUAGAGAGUGUUGAAAAACAUUGUGACUAUAUCCCUGGUGAUUCAAACAAGAAACUCACCGCUUAUAGAAACCGACGUGAACCUGUCGACCCGUGGGGCAUCAAAAUUGUACGGACCAUCCCAGAGGAAAUGUUGUUGGCACACUCUAUAACGCUCAGUCAAUUCAGUCAGAGCAACUUUGCACCUGCGGUGAUCGUGAGGAACACCAAUGCAUGCUUACGGCCGCUCUGGAGCACAGUAAAGCCCAUUGAUGAGACAUCGUCAAAUGGUAAUUACAGUCAGCCUGUUGAAUAUCCACCUGUUGGUAACAGCACACCAAGGUCAGAUGAUGACCGCAUGAGUGAGUGUGAAGGACAAGCUGCCCUGCAGCACUUCAAACACUUGACAAAAGACAACAGUGAAUCUGUGUUCCACUCAAGACUUGAUAGCCAAUCCUGCACUUCAUUAAGUUCCUUAAAAGAGACGUAUACAGAGCAGCUUGAAAACAAGAUUUUGAAUGAACUCGUUUUCACAGAAGACGACUUAAAGGUAUGCUGCCUCCUGAAGAAGAGUGAUGUGCAGAUAUCUGCUGUUUGUCCUGUGCACAAGCAAGAUACGCUUACAUCUUUGCCUAAAUGACUUGAUGUCCACAUAUUUAACUUCCUUAAAAAGCCUUUUCUUUGUUUUCCUUGUGUUUUUCUAAACAUGUGCACCUAUAAACAAAUCUCAGUAUAUGUAGCCUUUCUCUUUGGCGCCUGUAAUUAGGGAUAGGAAUCGAAAACCGGUUCUUGUUCAGAACCGUUUUACAGUGUAUCAAUUCCUUGGAAUCGCUUCAAAUGUUUUCAAAGCAAUUAUUUUUUAAUGAUUUCAGCGGGCGGGAAUGGUGUCAUUGUGCAAUAUCAGACAGCAACAUGGCGCCCAACAUGGGAUCACAGAAACGCUACAAAGUAUUUUUACAAGAAAAUAUUGCAACAGCGCUACUUGUAAACAUUGCAAGGCUACUAUUUCAUCUAGAGGACAACAUACGAGCAACAUACUUGCCAACCUUGAGACCUUCGAACU